CUGACAGAACUUUGGCAGUUUGUCAUUUAAGAAAAUAUUGCAGAUUAAAAGUUAGAAUUCGAGGAAUCAGUUAAUUUUGACCUCGACUCACAUUGUUCUGAUUGGCUGCGGCCGAUCUAUCUUACGAUCUUUUACAGCGCCACCGACAGAUGAAUUUCUAAAUGCAUUUGUUAGAUACAAUCUACAUGUCAUUUAUUUAAUGGAGGAGCAGACUUGAAGGAGCACGGGACCCAAAAGAAAGAUGGUGGUUACUGAGAGUUGUCAUCGUGACUGCGAAAAAGAAGCUGUCACAGAAAAUAUGGAUAAUAAUCAGCCUAACGGAGAUCUGGUUUUAACGAACGAACAGGAUAAUGACGAGAGAAAUGUAAAUGCAGAAAGUGACGAACAGAGGAGAAAACCUCAGCCAUCACGCUUAGAAUCACUUUUUGCCAUAACAAAAUCUAUAAUUAUAAGAGCUCUCAUAAUUUAUUUUAUUAGUAGCUUCUUCAGACGUCCUGAUAAUAAUUCCAAGUCUCCCAAUACUGUUAGUGAUACCCGUUUACAUGCUAUAAAUAUAUUCCCAAAUGGAACAUUAUUUGAUCUUAGUGUUUAUCUGUCAGAAUCUGAGAACUUUAAAAAUUUCAAUGACCCACAAUCUUUGAUUUGGUUUGAAGAAGGAUUAGUUUAUGGAGACUGGUAUAGUGGACCGAAUCAAGAUGGCUCUCGAGUUCUUGAAUAUUCGUUUAUUCCUUCAGAAAGAUUGAAAAAGAAUGGCACUAUCUAUCUUUAUAUAUAUAUAACAAAAAGUGGCAAGUCACCAAAUCCUAAGGCUGGUAAAGGAGUCUACGCUGGUGAUUAUAUAUCCUAUGUGAAAAAAAUGUUGAAUAAAUUUAAGAAAAUCAAAUAUCAAAAAAAACAUAAUUUAUUGACUGGUGAAAGCACAGCUAGUAAAGAAGAAAUAGAGAAGGCUGUACUUAUGGAUCAAGAAUAUGUGUCACACUGGCAUCCAAAUUUGACUGUUAAUUUGGUGGUUGAUCAAACCAAUUGGAUGUAUGGUCAAGUACCACAACCACUAGAUGAAUAUAUACAUUUUUUACCUGGUGGGAAUACAUAUAAGCCAAUAAUAUAUAUAAAUGAUUUUUGGAAUAUGCAACGAGAUUACCAGCCAUUGGACAAUACUACAAAACAGUUAGAACUCAGAUUGACUUAUCAGCCACUUUCAUUGUUCAAGUGGCAAAUUUAUGCUGCUCAAUCUGUUAGAAAUAAAUGGACAGCAUCAUUUAUGGGAGAAGUAAGUGGUGAAGAUGAUAAUGAUCAAGACACUUUGAAAGAGACUUUACUUGAGACAAAUCCAUAUUUACUAGGAUUGACCAUAAUUGUGUCAAUUUUACAUAGCGUAUUUGAAUUUCUGGCAUUUAAAAAUGACAUUCAGUUUUGGAAUAACCGAAAGUCCUUAGAAGGUUUAUCCGUGCGCUCUGUAUUUUUUAACGUAUUCCAAUCUCUCGUCGUUCUCCUUUAUGUUUUGGACAACGAGACAAACACGGUCGUGCGCAUUAGUUGCGCGGUAGGCAUGUGUAUCGAAGUGUGGAAGAUUAACAAAGUCAUCGACACUACUAUUAACCGGGAAGUGAAAAUAUUCGGGAUCUUUCCGAAAAUAUCAUUCCAAGAUAAAGGUUCAUACGUGGAGUCUUCCACGAAGGAGUACGAUAGACUCGCUUUCAAAUAUCUAUCGUGGGCCCUAUAUCCGCUGCUAGGAGGAUACGCAAUCUAUUCACUUAUGUACUUGGAACAUAAAGGCUGGUAUUCUUGGGUUCUUAAUAUGCUGUAUGGGUUCUUGCUGACCUUCGGCUUCAUCAUGAUGACGCCACAACUAUUCAUCAACUACAAACUGAAGAGCGUCGCACAUCUUCCUUGGCGCAUGCUAUCCUACAAAUUUCUCAAUACGUUCGUCGACGAUAUCUUUGCAUUUGUGAUAAAGAUGCCGACUCUCUACAGGAUCGGCUGCUUCCGUGACGAUAUUGUUUUCUUCAUAUUUUUGUACCAAAGAUGGAUAUACAAGACCGACCACACCAGGGUGAAUGAAUUCGGUUUCUCGGGCGAGAUGGAGGCGCAACUCACGGAAAGUAAGAAGCAACAGAUAGCCGUUGAGGACCGCCCGACGCAAGAACUAAAGAAGAAAAAUGAAUAAUACUUGAUAUAUAUAGCAUCUAAUAUGUUGUCCUAUGUUGCUCCUGAACUAGUAAUACAUCAUGCCCGAUACCAAAAUAAUGUAACUACAAACAUUUGUUUAUUUAUACUUUAGGGGUUCUUAACCCAAGAAAAGGAAGAAGGGGAAACGCGAAUUGCCAAGGGAUCCAUUGCACUAGAUUGUAAAUUCAUGAAUUUAAAUGAGAGAAAAUUAUAUCUUCACUAUAACUUAAGCUUGUACGUAUAUUUUAAAUGUAUAUUGAUAUCUAAUGGGUUAAUAAAGAAGCACUUAUAUUAUUAUA